AGCAGCUGCCAGUCUGAGUUUCCAAGUAUCCAAGCAUCCAAGUAUCUCGAUUGCGAUUGCGGUUAGUUAAGCGCGUUGCCUCCAAGUGCACAGUAGUUCAGCGGAAUGUCGAAGCUAGAGAUUGCCAGCAAGUCGGAAAAGUCGGAAAAGCCGGCGGAGCAGUGGGGCAACGGGCUGGAGUUCCUCUUCUCCUGCAUUUCUUUGUCGGUGGGCCUGGGAAAUAUCUGGCGUUUUCCCUACAUCGCCUUUCAGAAUGGCGGCGGCACCUUUGUGAUUCCGUAUCUGAUUGCCCUGCUGGUAAUUGGACGUCCUGUCUAUUAUCUCGAGAUUUCCCUCGGCCAAUUUACGGGUCGCGGCGUGGUCAAGGCCUUCGAGUUGGCGCCCCUCCUCAAAGGCGUGGCAGUGGGCCAGGUCCUGGCCACAGCCGCCUCCAUAACGUACUACUCGAGCAUCAUGGCCUUGACUCUGCGGUUCCUGCUCGCCUCCUUCGGCGCGGAGUUGCCCUGGAGUCGCUGCUGGGAGAGCUGGGGCAGUGAUUGCCACGACGGAAGUGCCCAGAACAGCAGCGGAAAGUUGUCGCCAGCACAGCUGUACUUUGAACGUGAAAUUCUCCAUGAGGUUCCCAACAUCGACAAUGGAUUGGGUCUCCCCAACUGGCAGUUGGUUGCCUGUUUGGCAUUCGCUUGGCUAGUAAUCGGUGCAGUUCUCAUUCGUGGCAUCAAGAGCAGUGGCAAGGCUGCCUAUUUCCUGGGUGUGUUUCCCUACGUGGUGCUGCUCAUCCUGCUCCUGAGAGCAGUGACCCUUCCGGGAGCCAUCGAUGGCAUCAUAUACUUCUUCAAACCGCAGUGGAGAGAACUUCUAAAUCCACUUGUGUGGUAUGCAGCUGUUACCCAAGUUUUCUUCUCGUUGGCCAUCUGUUUCGGAACUCUAAUCACCUAUGCCAGCUACAACAACUUCAACCGGAAUGUAUACAAUGACAUUGUGAUAAUCACCACAAUGGACUCCUGCUCCUCCAUAAUCGCUGGCUGCAUUACCUUCGGGAUACUGGGGAAUCUGGCCCGCGAGACCGGCAACACGGACAUUGGCAGCGUGGUGAAGGGCGGCGCCGGAUUGGCCUUCAUCUCGUAUCCGGAGGCGAUUGCCAAGUUUGAGUAUGUGCCACAGAUGUUCGCGGUCCUUUUCUUCCUGAUGCUCUUCGUCCUAGGCAUCGGCAGCACCGUGGGCAUGGGCUCCUGUAUCCUGCGAGUCAUCCGGGAUCAAUUCGGACCCCGCUCGCCGCCCAUUUGGAAGCUGGCCAGCGGUUUGACCGUCUUGGGCUUUUCGGUGAGCAUCGUUUACAUGACCCCGGGCGGUCAGUUUAUCCUGAACCUUGUCGACUUCUACGGCGUGUCCUUCACCGCCUUGAUCCUGGCCAUUGGCGAGCUGGUGGCCGUUGCCUGGAUUUAUGGAGUUAAUCGCUUUUGCGAGGACAUUAAGUUUAUGAUGGGCAUUGAGACCGGUUGGUAUUGGCGCCUGUGCUGGCGUUUCGUUACACCUGGCCUGAUGACCUCGGUGCUCAUCUAUAUGCUGAUCGACAUGUCGCCGCUGCAGUACAAGGGUGUUGGCUAUCCCACCUUGGCUCAUGUUUUUGGCUGUUUUUUGGCUGCCUUGGGGCUGCUGCAACUGCCCGGCUGGGCCAUCUAUGCCAUCUACAAAAAGCGUCACCAGAACGGCAGCUUCUGGCAGAGAGUACGUGCCGCCUGCAAGCCGUCGGACACUUGGGGACCGGCCAACGUUCAGCUGGAUGCCGACAUCUAGGAAAUUAGCUUAGUCCCCAACACUGCGUAUACGUAAUGGCCCCAGUAGUCUGGGGCAUUAUUAUUUGAUAUGGGGGCCAGAUGAAAAUGGCCAGAAUAAAGUGAAAUAUAUAUUAAACGUGGAGCCAGAAGAAAGAGUGAGCUUUUAUUCUGGCCAAAACAGUUUAGCCGCCCGAAGGAGUUGAGCUGGCGAAAGGAGGAAGUCGCUGCUGCUGCUGCUGCUGCUGCAAGCGCUUUUAAUUACCCCAGGGCAGAGUUGCCUCCGUUCGGGCGUGGCAGCUGCACUCCACCUCGGUUGUGUUUGUGUUAGUCUGCUUGGCAUGUCAGACAUGUCAGCAAUGCGGAAAUGCGCAAAUACUAAAUGAAAACAGGAGGUGAAGCUUGCUCAUUGCAGAACUUUUAAUACACUUACAAAGAAAAAGUAAUUAAGUAAGAAGAAUAUUAUGACCUACUCUUAAUCUAAUUUAAACAAUUUCAUGUCAUUUUAUACUUCCAUUAUAUUUAUUUUUUCCUAGAAAA